AUGAAGAAGACGGUGAGGAACAGCAAGGAGGAACACUGGUGGAGAUGGAUCGAAAAUGCUAACAGUGGCGACCUGUGGAAUAUCAACCGAUUCCAGGGCCAAAGCAGCAGCGACGGCAGCAAGGAGCGCAUCCCCCCACUCAAAACAAAUUGCGGGCUUGCACAGACCAAUGAGGAGAAAGCAUCAAUACUAUCCAGCACCUUCUUCCCCCCACCUCCAUCCCUCGCUCCAACCAAACUGCCUCUACCCUCCCAGCAGCUACCAGAUUGGAGACCUUUCACGACAGAAAGGAUACGUCAUGCUGCUAGCCGGUUAAAACGAGACAAGGCCCCAGGGCCGGACGGUAUUCCCAACGCGGCAAUCCAAGAAGCCCUACCCUCAAUUGUAGGCAUCCUAGCAGCAGUGUUCAACGCUGCCGUCCGCCUGCGUCGGAUUCCCAAACAAUGGAAGGAAUCUACUACCGUCGUGCUCAGGAAACCUGGCAAACCUGCGUACAAUGUAGCCAAAGCGUACAGACCAAUCGCACUACUCAACACAAUUGGCAAGCUCCUCUCAGCCCUACUGGCCGAGGACCUCACCUACCUCUGUGAGCAAUACAAACUCCUACCCAAUACACAGUUUGGUGGACGCCCCGGCCGCACCACCACAGACGCACUCCACCUGAUCACUCAUGAGAUUAAGAAAGCAUGGAGAGCAGGGAAGGUAGCCAGCGCACUCUUCCUCGACAUCCAAGCGGCCUUCCCAAAUGUAGUCAAACCAGUACUGAUGGAGAACAUGAAGAAGAAGGGGAUCCCAGAAGCAUACGUCUGCACGAUCGAGAAUAUGCUAACAAACAGAUCGACACGCCUCAAAUUCGAUGGCUCGCAAUCAGACCCAAUAGCAAUCACAAACGGCAACAGCCAAGGUUGCCCUCUCUCAAUGAUCCUCUACCUAUUCUACAUAUCUCCUCUACUCGAAAUCAGCAAUCAAAAGGAUGAACUCACCAUUGGGAAGAUCAAGGACAUGAUGGAACGCAUGGGAGGAGUCCUCGAUUGGCCAUAUAGCCACAAUUCCCCUCUAGAAACCAACAAACUCGCCCUCAUCGACUUCACACGCUCACCCGACAAGCGAAGUGAAUCAACGCCACUCUCCCUAGUCACCGAGAACAGCAACGACGGACCGUCAACAGUCAUCAUCAACCCCAGCCAAACCUACAAGCUCCUUGGAGUCAUCCUGGACCAACAGCUACAAUGGAACAAACACCAAGAACUCGUGCACUCCAGAGCGGUAAAGUGGACAGCACUCUUCUCACGCAUCCACAGAGUUGCGCGAGGACUACCACUCAGAAUGGGUCGACAGCUAUACCAGUCCGUAGCAAUCCCGCGUAUCCAAUAUGCAGCGGACAUAUGGUUCACCCCGCCGCACAAUAAUGCCAGAAAGACACGAAGAACAGGUUCAGUUGCGAUAAUCAAGAAACUACAAUCGGUCCAGAGGAAAGCGGCGAUUGGCAUCACCGGAGCCAUGCGAACAACGGCAGGGGAUGUCCUUAACACGCACAUCAACCUCCCCCCAAUCGAUGUCACUCUCAACCUGGCAUGUCAGAAAGCAGCGGCAAGACUAAUGAGCCUACCACAGUCACACCCGCUGGCCAAACCCGCCAACCGAGCGGCCAAGGGGAAGCUGCAAAGACACAACACCCCAAUGCACCAGAUACUCCACGCAACCAAAGUCGACGUCGCAUCAAUAGAAUCAAUCAAUCCGGCACUCAAGGACCCAAACCGACCAAUGCACUUCAGGUGCACCAUCGACGCCUCAAGGGAGAAAGCCAUCGAACGAGACAAGGCGAUACGAACACGCAGUGUCGCGAUAUACACAGACGGCUCAGGGAUGGAAGGGAAGAUAGGCGCAGCAGCAGUCCUCUACCAAGACGGCCGUCGAGUCAAAGCAAUCCGUCAUCUGCUUGGCAAAGACACGGAGCACACAGUGCAUGAAGGGGAGCUAGUGGGCAUAGCACUGGGCCUCCACCUCGCCAAGACAGCGCAAGGACCCAUUGCGAGGAUCAACAUCAGUCUGGACAACCAAGCGGCAAUCCUGAGUGUGGCACAAUGCAACGCCAAGGCCGGGCAGCACAUAACCACCACCAUCCAAAGAGAGAUCGCAGCCCUAAGAGCCGAACAGGAGAUGAGAGAGCUAGCAGAGUCAAGUGACGAUGCGCUAAGUGAUAGAGUCACCUCGCGAAUGGAACUUACGUGGAUACCAGGGCACGAAGGAGCAGAAGGAAAUGAAGCAGCAGACGAAGAAGCCAAAAAGGCAAUCACGGAAGACGCAAGCAGCCGUGACGACCUCCCACAUUGGCUACAACACUCACUUCCAGCAAACCUAUCGGCAGUCAAGCAAGAGCUCAAGAGGAUAGCAAAGACAGAAGCGCGAGACAGAUGGAGGGAAUCCAGGAGAUUCAAGAGAGCAGCCAAGAUCGACGAGACCAUGCCAUCGGGAAAAUACCUGGCACUCACGGACGAACUCACCAGGAGAGAAGCAGCGAUGUUAACCCAGCUACGUACAGGUCACACAUGCCUCAAUGGUCAUCUGAAUCGCAUCAACAGAGCAGACACGCCAUGGUGCCCGCACUGUGGCGAAAGGAACUACAAAAACCUGACACAUGUGCUCUACAUAUGCCCCAAGUACCGUGAAGCAAGAAGCGAAUGGGAGAGAAAUCUACGAGAGAGAACAGAAGACCUCUCAGAGGUCCUAGGGACCAGCGACGGGAUCAAGCAAACGCUCAAAUUCCUUAGGAGAACCGGGAGAUGGUGA